AUGGACAAAAUCAACAACACAUUGAACACAAAAUCGGACAUUUUCAGCAACAUCUACGACAUCAGUAUGGUUUCACCCGGAAUAAUCGAACAUAUACCAAAUCAAUCCGACGCCUCCUCCUGCCCCCUCGACCUCCCCGACCAGCUCUUCCGCGACAUCAAAUCCGCCUGCGACACCAACCCCCACCACCGCCCCGACCCCAAUUUCUCCUCCGCCCAGCUCCAUCGCACCCGCUGCUGCCCCGUCCUCGCCGCAUGGCUCUACUCCGCCACCGCAUUGCGCCCCUCCGCCGCCGCCAAAUCCCCGCCCCAGACAUCGGCCGCCGCCUACGAGAUGCUCGUGCUCCCCGACGACUCCGAGACGUGCGUCAAUUCGCUGGAGAAGGCCAUCGACGGGAGGGGAAUCGAGCUCCGCCGCCCUAACGACACGUGCGACGUCGUUUACUGCUACUGUCCUAAUUAA